GUCCAACAGCGCUGCUGCGAACUACGGUCAGCUGCUGAACCAGCUGCCCGAGACGCUGAUGCAGCUGAGUAGCACUCUGCGGGUGGUGCUGACGGCAGGCAACAUACCGGCGGCGCAGGCGCUGGUCAGCAAGCUGGAGGAGUUGGCGUACUCGGUUCUCAUGCAACGUGCGGCCUUCAACCUCGCCACCGCGGAGAACAACACAGCUCAGCUGCCGCUGCAGCACACGCACCAGUCGCAGCUGCCGCCACCGCCGCCGGCGCUCAACACUGGGCUCAGCGCCAGUCUCAACGUCAGUGCGCUCAACGUCAACGGAGGUGGUGUGGAUCCCGGCAUUCUAGCGCAGCUGCUGUUGCUGUCCGCACAGAGUGGUAACUGAGGUGGUUGGGGGUCGAAUUUGGUUGCGUUGGGUUGGGUCGGGGUUUUCUGCUCAGCUGGACCCCUUGUUGGAUGGUUGGUCCGGCGGGUCAAUGGUCGGCAGUAGUACAUACAGGAAAGCA